AUGACAUCUGUAUCUAUCGGCCAGGCUGAGGACGGACACUACCCAGCCUGGCCACAGGAUGAAUUCACGGAUUCAUUAACCUACAUUGGAACCGAUUUAUCCAUUUUUCCACUCGAGGGCUAUUGCGAUCCAAUUGUGGUAGGGUAUAGACAAGGAGAAUUUCUGGCUCCUCCUUCUACGAUAAUGACCGAUACUGUGAUCGGCGACAGCAGAGGACCUUCUUGGCCGGAGCAAUAUCCUGACCUCGUCGCACCAAGCAACCUACUCUCGAUGGAAGGCUCCGCUGAAAGCCAGUCACUUUCUGUUGAUCUCAUGAAAACUCCGACUUUGACCUCAAGAAUGGGCUUAGAUGGAUGCCUGAGUGGUGAAGAUCACAAGAGUACCACGCCAGCUGUGGUUGUUGGAGGACGGGACGAUUCAGGGACAUGCGCUUUGAGAUUUCAGGAAGCGCCGAUGCCUUCUUACGAUCACAAUAUUUCUAUAGUUGAGGGGCUAUAUUAUUGCCAACAUCGUGCAUGCGUGACCAAGAAUGGCUUUCCAAGAAAGCGUGAUUUGCAAAAGCAUAUGCGCAUUCAUGUCAAGCCAGUCAAAUGUCCCAUAUGUACGGUAACAACGGCUCAGCAGGUUCAUAUGCGUCGACAUAUCGAAGUGCAUCACGGUGGCUGGGCUCGGCAGUGGUGGAAAGUGGGCGCUGUGUGUGAGUUGUGCGGUAAACCAUUCACACGGAGAGACAAUCUUCGCAGACACUACCGAACUCAGCAUGAAGAUCUUAGUAGUCUCUCUGUGUCCGAUUGA